GCACGGUAAGCGAGGGCUCCGAGUUGGACUGGGCGCGAGGCGGCAGGGCCGGACGCCGAAGCCUCAGAGCGCGUGCCUGAGGGCUCCGAGGUGCCCGGCGCAGGCCCGUCCCGCCCCCUGGAGCCGCGGCCACGUGCGAGCGGCAGGCCCGGACAUGCCCGGUCAGCGCCGUCCGGGAAGCGAGCGUGGGCCCUGGGGGGCAGCGGUGGGAUGCCUGGAGUUACUGUAAAAGACGUGAACCAGCAGGAGUUCGUCAGAGCUCUGGCAGCCUUCCUCAAAAAGUCCGGAAAGCUGAAAGUCCCCGAAUGGGUGGACACCGUCAAGCUGGCCAAGCACAAAGAGCUUGCUCCCUACGAUGAGAACUGGUUCUACACGCGAGCUGCUUCCACAGCGCGGCACCUGUACCUCCGGGGUGGCGCUGGGGUUGGCUCCAUGACCAAGAUCUAUGGGGGACGUCAGAGAAACGGCGUCAUGCCCAGCCACUUCAGCCGAGGCUCCAAGAGUGUGGCCCGCCGGGUCCUCCAAGCCCUGGAGGGGCUGAAAAUGGUGGAAAAGGACCAAGAUGGGGGCCGCAAACUGACACCUCAGGGACAGAGAGAUCUGGACAGAAUCGCCGGACAGGUGGCAGCUGCCAACAAGAAGCAUUAGAACAAACCAUGCUGGGUUAAUAAAUUGCCUCAUUCGUAA